AUGGAGCACGCAGUCCAUCAGGGGAGACAUGUGGAAGAAGUAGAUUUUAGUGGAGUAAAUAAGGACUCCGGCAACUCCAGUCGGCCCUCGGUCCGUUGGGGCACGCGGCGCGGGAAGCGGAACCUAAGUACCAAAGGGUCGGGCUUCCGGGGUAGCGGGCCCGCAAGUGCGGCGAACCUUCAAGAUGGCGGCAGGCCUGAGGAAACGCGGCCGGGCAGGUCCCGCAGCUCGGGCGGUGGGACUGUGCGGGCAGUGGCUGCGGCGCGCCUGGCAAGAGCGGCGCCUACUGCUGCUGGAACCGCGCUACACGCUGAAGGUGGCCGCCUGCCUCUGCCUGGCGGAGAUACAGAGAUUGAUUGGAAAGCCUACAUGGCUGAGGUGGAGGGCGUCAUCAAUGGCACCUAUGACUAUACUCAACUGCGGGGUGACACUGGACCUCUUGUGUACCCAGCCGGCUUUGUGUACAUCUUUAUGGGGCUAUACUAUGCCACUGGCCGGGGCACUGACAUCCGCAUGGCCCAGCACAUCUUCGCUGUGCUCUACCUGGCCACUUUGCUGCUUGUCUUCUUGAUUUACCACCAGACCUGCAAGGUACCUCCCUUCGUCUUUUUCUUCAUGUGCUGUGCCUCUUACCGUGUCCACUCCAUCUUUGUGCUGCGGCUGUUCAACGAUCCAGUGGCCAUGGUGCUGCUCUUCCUCAGUAUCAACCUCCUGCUGGCCCAGCGCUGGAGCUGGGGCUGCUGCUGUUUCAGCCUGGCAGUCUCUGUGAAGAUGAAUGUGCUGCUCUUCGCCCCUGGGUUACUAUUCCUUCUCCUCAGGCAAUUUGGCCUCCGUGGGGCCCUCCCCAAGCUGGGCAUCUGUGCUGUCCUUCAGGUGGUGCUGGGGCUACCCUUCCUGCUGGAGAACCCCGUCGGCUAUGUAUCCCGCUCCUUUGACCUUGGCCGCCAGUUUCUCUUCCGCUGGACAGUGAACUGGCGCUUCCUCCCCGAGGCCCUCUUCCUGCAUCGUGCCUUCCACCUGGCACUUUUGACUGCCCACCUCACCCUGCUCUUGCUCUUUGCCCUCUGCAGGUGGCACAGGACAGGGGAAAGUAUCCUGUCACUGCUGAAGGAUCCCUCCAAAAGGAAGUUUCCACUCCAGCCCCUCACACCCAACCAGAUUGUUUCUGCCCUCUUCACCUCCAACUUCAUUGGCAUCUGCUUCAGCCGCUCCCUUCACUACCAGUUCUACGUCUGGUAUUUCCACACACUGCCCUACCUCCUGUGGGCCACGCCUGCACGCUGGCUCACACACCUGCUCAGGUUGCUGGUGCUGGGGCUCAUUGAGCUCUCCUGGAACACAUACCCAUCCACGUCCUGCAGCUCUGGUGCCCUGCACAUGUGCCAUGCUGUCAUCCUGCUGCAGCUCUGGCUGGGCCCCCAGCCUUUCCCCAAGAUCAUCCAGCACAGCAAGAAAGCCCACUGAGAUCCAUCUCUUCCCCUCCAGUCUAUUCUCAGGACCCUGGAUGGGGAUGGACUGUGUGCCCUUCCCAAUAAACUUUCUGAAGUCCACUUCUGUGCAGCCUACAUGGAGGUACCUGGACCAAGCUGUGAGGGACAGGCACGCAGCAGAUAAAGAACUCAUUCAGACAGUCCUAAGAGGCACUUUAUUGCGUAGGAUUUAGGGACUGUGGCUCUCUCCCCUUCUACUGCACUGCACAGAGCUCAGAGGGGAAGGGGCAUGGGGCGGAAGGAGCAGGAGAGAGCACAGGCAGGCACUUUUUGUGGGGCAAGAGGAUUUUGUGAAGGGAAUGAGAAGCAGUAGGGGCGGACUGUCACCAGCCCACCCCUUCCCAGCACCAAGAGGCCGGCUCUGGGUGGCAGUGACUUGAGUUUGUUGGGGGGUGCCAGCCAGAGCAACCAGUGACCCUCACAUGUUUGCUGGGCUGUAGCACAGCAGGUGCAGCUGCAGGUUCUGGUCCCAGUGGCGCAGCAGCAGGAAGAGACCCCGGGCUGCGGCCUUGAGGUUGGCCAGGUCGAGGCCGUCAGGCAGGUGCUGGGCCUGCAGCCAACAGUCAGCCUUAGCUGCCGCCAGUUCCCACUCGCCGAAGGCCGCGGCACAGCGGUGCUCCAACCACGCAAGCGCCACAGCAGUGGCCCAAGUCCGGCCCCGCAGGUCGGCACCACCAGGCCCUUCCGCCCCCUCCGAGGCCUCGGUGUCUGAGCCCCGGCCACUGUCCACCUGGCCUGGACCCUCGGAGCCUGAACUGGGGGAUGGGCUGCAAGAGGCCGUGGCACUGUCACCCUGGCCAGCACCAUGGCCUAGAAGUGCCCAGGGAGAGGAGGCCGAGGUGGGGCUGAGGCUGGUGCGAUGCGCAGCGAAGGGCGAGGCGCGGCACAGGCGCUCCCGCGAGAUGCGCACCGCUGUGCAAAACGGCGCGUCUAGGCGGAAGGAGCCAGGUGCCUCCUGCAAGCGCACCUGAGGAGAGAGGAGGUGGGGGGAGAAUCGAGCUGAGACAGCGCCCUGGCCGUGGCAGUGCCACCCUCCACCUCCCGAGUCCUCACCAAGGGCAGGUAGUCAUGGUUGCUGCCUUCACUGUUGCUGUCACUGGCUUGGCCCGUGUUGGGGCUGCAGAGUCUAUGGCUGUCUGGGCCUCUGGCCUUCUGAUGGCCCAGGCUGAGCCGAGAGGGAGGCUCAGGGGGCAGAUGAUGAGGACCUCCGAUGGGGGCUGCGCGGUCCCCCAAAGCAGAACUGGAGUUGCCAAUUUGGUCCGGCUCCCAGCCGCCUGCCAGAGAGCCUCCCUUAAGUCCUGAACUGGAGCCAUUCAGUGGUGGUCCCUAAGCCUUGGUUGGUCCCUACCAUUUACCCAAACUUGAGUGUUACCUUUAGAGUGGACGGCUGUGGGCAGAGGAGCUGCAUCUAGAUGACCUUGAGAGGCAGGAGGGGUGCCUGGGGGUUCGGCUAGCUCUGCAGGGGCACAGAAGACAGGGGUGAGGUAUGUCUCAGAGGGUGGCCAGUGAGAUGAGAACCCGCACCUGGGAGGUCACCUGGAAGGGACCUUACCUACCUGAGCUGUGCACCUGCAGGGCUGAAGGUAGGACCUCUCUGGUGGUAGCAUCCACAGCUACAGGGCAGGUGAAGCAGGAAGGGGCAGAGCUGACCUUGCUUGUCUGAAGGGCUCGGAGCCAGGGCCUCCGGGCAUGACCUGCAAAACCAAGGGGCCGGGCUUCCCUGGUGGCGCAGUGGUUUAAAAUCUGCCUGCCAAUGCAGGGGACACGGGUUCGAGCCCUGGUCCGGGAAGAUCCCACAUGCCGCGGAGCAACUAGGCCCGUGAGCCACAAUUACUGAGCCUGCGCAUCUGGAGCCUGUGCUCUGCAGCAAGAGAGGCUGUGAUAGUGAGAGGCCCGCGCACCGCGAUGAAGAGUGGCCCCCACUUGCCGCAACUAGGGAAAGCCCUCGCACAGAAACGAAGACCCAACACAGCCAUAAAUAAAUAAAAUUAAAAACAAAACAAAACAAAAAAAAACCCAAGGGGCCACAUGUUGACUGGGAGGGGGGUGUGCUCCCAGCACCCACUCUCUACAAAGGGCUUCACAGAAAAAAUCUCAGUGCUCCCAUAGCUUCUCCCUCUGUACAUAUUUUUGGGUUUUUUUGGCUGUGCCUCCAGGCUUGCGGGAUCUUAGUAGUUCCCCGACCAAGGAUUGGACCUGGGCCCCAGCAGUGAAAGCACUGAGUCCUAACCACUGGACCACCAGGGAAUUCCCAGCCUUCUGUCCACUUUUGAACAGAGUGGAGUUCCUUCUUGGGGCCAGCUCAGACUCCUCAGCUUUGACAAGAAGUGGUUAGGCUGAACACUCAACCACAUUGUACCAGGACUAGGCCCCUGGCCACCCACAAAGUCAACAUUCUGGAUACAGCCCAGAGGAGGCAUUGACUGGUACCUUUUCCAUCCACUCAUUUCAGCACUGCCCAACAGAACUUCCUGCAAUGAUGGAAAUGUUCUACAUCUGCAUGAUCCAGUAUAGUAGCCACUAGUCCCAUGUGACUAUUAAGCAUUUGAAGUGUGGCUAGUGCAACUGAAGAACUGACAUUUUAACUUUAUUUAAUUUUAAUAAUCUUCCUAAAUGACAGAUUUGUUUUUAUGUUAUGGGCACUGUGAAUCAUUACAAGAUGAAAUUCCCUCUCUGUUGGCUGCUAGGAAGCUUGCCAGUUUGGGGUCCCAUGCUUGCAAGGGCACAAAACCUCAUGGUGUGCAUCUUUGAUAUAAUCUCAUUCUCUGCUUCCUUUUAUUAUCCCUUUUUUCCCCAUUGCCCUGCUUAAUUUUUUUUUCUUAAUGUGGGUGAGCCGCCUCAAAUCACUUGUGAGCAAGGUGAGGUAUGGCGAGUGAUCCCACAGACCUAUGCCUCUGCCACUCUCUGUCCCAUACAGGCUCCUUGAGCCCUGACUGGGGCCACCAGCAACUCACCCCGGUCAGCCCUGGUCUCGCCCCGUCCUCGGAGAGCCAGCUGCUCGUUGUCCCGGACCACGGAAGCCGCUGUCAGUCGAUGGAGUGCUUGGUCCCAAGCAUUUCCGCUUUCAGGGGGUGACGGAGGCAGUAAGCCAGCAUCCCUAGGCCCCCACAGCAUCUCCAGCCCAACACCCACCUCCCAGCUCAUAGGCUGCUCCCCGCACAGGGCCCGGAUCACCACAUGGCAGCGCGGAGGCUGGGGAGGCAGUGGUAUUGCUGGAGGGGCCAACUCCCCACUGGGGGGAACAGCCGUGAACAAGAAGGGUGGUUCCAUCAACAUGUCCCAGUCCAUGGGGGCUGGGGAGAGCAGGUUUCCUGGGGAGAGACGAUGGUAGGAGCAGGGGCAGUGGAGUGCCCUGGGCUCCACCUCCCCAAAGUCUACCUGGUGUCAGAACCCAGCUCCCCAUAACCCUUACCUGAGUCAUCCAGGCCCUGUCCCAGCAGCUGCCCUGGCUCAGGGCCUGGCCCAUCUGGUGCUACACCCAGAGAGGGGUACCGGAGAUGGCCAGGGACUGAGUUCACCCGGCUGGGGGGCGAUGAGAGGCUUCGGCCAGUUAGAGCUGCUCUGUGUCGACGGCCCAGCACCUCAGCACUCAAGGCCCCAGUCUGCAUGUGUGAAGGUGGGGGGGUCCAAUGGUCAAGGAAUGCAGAGCUCCUGGACAUCAGACAUACAUACACAGCUGGCCACAUGCCCCUUUGUCUGGAACCCUGGAUGGCUGCUCACCACCCUUAGGGGUGAGGCCAGACUCCUUCUGGUGCCUGACCCCCUUCCCAUCGUCAUCUCACUCCAUGCCUAUGUCUCAGUUGAGGUUAUUGCUUGUCUGUUUUUAUUCAUGUCUUCUCCCGUUUUGCCUAGCUAACUUCUUAUUCUUCCAGAGGUGCCUCUUGCUUUCCUGACUCCCUCAGACAGGGUUAGUCACCUUGACUCUGAACCCCCAUAAAGCCACAUCCCUGUGCUCAUCAAUGUAUGUUGCAUGGAUUCAUCACUAUACAUUAUACCAUCAUUACCCAUCUAUUUCUUCAGGUAGACUUCAUAGUAACCACUGCACAAUUUAUGGCAUACAGCCAAUGGUCAAUAAAUAUUUGCUGGAUACAUGGUA